UCCGCCGGCCGGCCUGUGCCCGGGCCGGGACAGAUCAAUUGAUAUCAAGUAUAUAUAAUUAUAUCACUAGGGGUUAUGUGUAUACCUCCGAAUCCCCUCUUUUGACAUCAAUAUAAUUUCACUGCGACGACAAAUAUCCAUAAGAAGCUGCCAGCAUUCAGCGCAACAUGGGCUCCAUACAGCUGUCGCAUGUACCCCGCCCUGGGGUAUGGGCUCCCGCAGUGACCGCCUUCAACCAAGAGACUGAUUCGAUCGAUUUGGACACAGCAAAGAAAUACUAUGCUUAUUUAUCUCGGGCGGGACUGGCCGGUUUGGUGAUUCUGGGCACUAAUGCGGAAACGUUCCUGUUAACACGAGAAGAGCGAGCCCAGCUUAUUGCAGCUGCGCGGCAGGCCGUUGGUCCAGAUUAUCCCCUAAUGGCUGGUGUAGGCGGCCAUUCUACAAAGCAGGUGCUUGAAUUCAGUCAGGAUGCCUACAAUGCUGGGGCUAAUUAUCUCCUGGUUUUACCCCCAGCAUACUUUGGCAAGCAGACUACGCCGGCCGUUAUCAAACGAUUCUAUGCAGACGUUGCACAGAAAUCUCUUCUUCCUGUCGUUCUUUAUAAUUUUCCCGGUGUAACCAACGGGGUCGACCUCGACUCCGAACUUAUAACGGACAUUGUCAACGCAUCAGCAGCUGCGUCUCCAAAUGGAGUUAGCAAUGUUGUUGGUGUCAAAUUGACCUGUGCCCAAGUUGGAAAGAUUACGCGACUAUCUGGGGUUUUUGGACCGGACAAGUUCUCCAUUUUUGGCGGACAGUCCGAUUUCCUCAUAGGCGGCCUUUCUGUAGGCUCAGCAGGUUGCAUUGCGGCGUUUGCAAAUGUCUUUCCCAAGACAGUAUCGCAUAUAUACGACCUCUACAAAGCUGGGAAAAUCGAGGAAGCACUGGCCCUGCAUCAAAAGGCUGCUCUCGCGGAAAGCCCGAGCAAGAGUGGCAUCGCUACAACCAAGUAUGCUGUAGCUAUAUAUUCAGCGCCCAAGGCCGGCAUUGAGAAUGCUGAGGAGAAGUUCCAGCCUCGGACCCCAUAUGAGCCAGCUAGUGAAGCUACGAAGCAGCUCGUCCGUAAAGUGAUGGCAGAACUGGCGGCAAUUGAGGAUAAACUAUGAACACUUCAAUGUUGACAUAGUUGAAAGUAGAAACCGUCUAGUAGAUUCUAGCGAGAUAUGGACACCAAAUACGUUACUCAUCUGGUUUCUUGGUAGAAGGGAAAUUAUACAUUGCGCACCUUUUUUCGAUAAGAGAAACAGGGAUAUUUAAUAGGCAUUGAACAUUUGAUUGGUAAUAAUUGUAUAGAUAGAACUUGGAUGUUUAAUACUAACUAACCAA